AUCAUUUAGAAUAUCGUCUCUUCGCGAUACAUCUGUUUGCAUAUUCAAUCUGUAUCAAAUAAAAUACGAUUUGCAGAAUACAAUUUCCGUGCUUAAAAUAAAACAAAUUAACAGCAAUAACAAUUAUGAUAAGCGGAUGGAUAUUAUCAGAGCUUAUCGGUGCUUUGUUUUUUAUCGUUACUGGAAUGUAUUUAUAUUUUAAAUUAUUUGUUGUCAAUUUUUGGAAAAAUAAAAAUGUACCGUACGAGGAGCCAACGUUCCCUGCUGGAAAUCUCACCGAAUUGGUUCUCAAUAAAAAAACCAUAGGCGAUGUUUUCGGAGAAAUUUAUUUGAAGAACAAAUCGCAUCCUUUUGUCGGAGUGUACUCACUUUUUAAACCAAAUCUCGUGAUCAUUGAUCCAAAUUUGAUACGUUUCGUGUUGACGAAAGAAUUUGCAAGUUUCCACGAUCGUGGAUUGUACUGCAACGAAAAGGUCGAUCCGCUAACAGGACACUUGUUUUUUUUACCGGGACAAAAAUGGAAAAAUUUGCGCGUACGUUUGACGCCGACUUUUACGUCAGGAAAAAUUAAACAUAUGUUCGAUACCGUACAAGAGAAUGGACUUUUGUUGGAAAAUUUUCUAGAAAAAAAAGCUCGUGAUAAGAAUGAAAUCGACUUAAAAGAAAUUUUUUCAUGUUUGUUCACAGACAUCAUAAUGUCUAUUGCAUUUGGAAUAAGUUGUAAUAGUUUGGAAAACCCAAAAUCAGAAUUUCGUUAUUGGGGCAAAAAGGUGUUCGAACCGAGACCUAUUAUAAAUACGUUAAUGAUAUUUGGAUCUCAAAUAUUGGAUUUAUUCUCGAUACCAUUUAUCGAUAAAGGAGUGUCUCGAUUUUUUCUGAGCACUUUUGAAGAAACUGUAAAGUAUCGAGAAGCUCAUAACAUCGUUAGAAAAGAUUUUCUUGACUUGAUAAUGCAAUUAAUGAAAAAUGGAUACCUUAAAAGUGAUGAGGAAAAACGAAUUGAUUCGGUCAACGAUACACCGAAAGAAGUACAAAAAUUCACAAUGUCGGAAGGUGCAGCUCAAGCAUUCGUUUACUUUCUGGCUGGUUUUGAAACCUCCUCCUCGACGGUAACUUUUUGUCUUUACGAAUUGGCCUUGAAUCCAGAUGUUCAAAAGAAAACACAAGAAGAAAUAGAUAGGGUUUUAGAGAAACACGGUGGUAUCUCGUAUAAUGCUAUCAACGAGAUGACUUAUCUGCAUAUGGUCGUAAGCGAAACAUUAAGAAAAUAUCCACCAUUACCUUUUCUAAAUCGAAAAACUUUGAAAGAUACCGAAUUACCUAAUUCGAAUGUCGUCGUACCCAAAGGUACUCCAAUCAUUAUUCCACUUCUUGGAUUACACAAUGAUCCUGAUAUUUAUCCUAAACCAGAGAAAUUUAUACCUGAACGAUUCACGGAUGAAAACAUUCGUACUAGGCAUCAAUAUACUUAUUUGCCAUUUGGGGAAGGACCAAGGAUAUGCAUUGGUAUGAGAUUUGCAUUAGUGCAAACAAAAGUAGCCCUUACGAAUGCAUUACAGAAAUUCACAUAUUCACCAGGACCUAAAACACCAAGUAAACUCAAAUUCGUACCAGGAAGCAUAACAUUGAAUACGAAAGGUGGUUUAUAUCUUAAAAUCCAGCCGAGAUCAUAGUUUUACUCUCUUUGGUUUUAUCAUUAUUUAGGUUUACUGAUUAUUUUUUUAAAUAAGUAAAUACAAAAUUUUGUAGUAGGUGGAACUAUUUAUAACAAUUUAAUAUUUAACUAACAAAGGGUUCAUGGUAUUUGCUUGAUGUUUACAAUUUACACAAGUAAUAAAACAUGAACAAUUAAUUCAUCUAAUAAUACGUGAUUUCUUUUAAUGAUUUUUUUUUUCAAAAUUAAAAAUAAAAUUUAUUUUAGGAAGGUAACAACGUUUUAUUGCGUUUCAAUGUAGAUUACCAUAAAUGAAAGUAAACGAUGUAAAAAUAUCUUCAAUGACUGAUACGUAGCAAAAUGUAUAAAUAAAAUUAGCCGAUAAAAUUAAAAACAUAGUACAAACAAUAGAAUAUAAAAA